AUUCUCCUAGCUCUCCAAUGCUGACCCUCGCAGUAACCCCUAACUCUGGAGGACCAAUGAAAUCUUCAUCCGACGUCAAAUCUGAAGCCAUCGCUUGUAUGGGCUUAUUACGUCGCAACGAAGUUAAACUAAUGGAAAACGCUAAACUGCUUUUGAAGCAGGACAGGGAGUUCUUCCUAAAAGUCUUCACUUCCACUGUGGAUGAGUGGACACUAAUACAUGCCUGUACCCUCAAAGGUGUUCGGCCGUUGGUCAAAAUUGCCUUGAAAGCUGGUGUCGACCCAAAUUUAGAGAUGGGAGUUCCAGAUGGUCUGCCGGGUCGUUGCACACCAUUACAUCUAGCAGCACACAGAGGAGAUGUGAGUAUUAUAGAACUACUGGUGCAGUUUGGUGCUCAAGUGAACAAACAGGAUAACAUGAACUACUCACCUUUACACUAUGCACUACGGCGGGGGAACACCCUUGCAGCGAAAAAGUUGUUAAAAUUCGGAGCGGAUCCUUCGGAACUUUCUCGCGAAGAAAGGAUAUAUUUUAGGAACGAAAUUAACGCAAAGGGAUCCGCACUUCUAUGUAUACCUGUUAGAGUAGGGUCUCAGAAACAUAAACAUAAUUCUUCUUCGCUUAGGGAUAAGACUUCAUCUGCUUCAUAA